CCCGCAUAAAAGAGAAAGAUAGGGUUUGCGCUUGCGCCUCGUUUCCAACUGCCCAGUUCAAAACUUUAGCGGCAAAGAGAGAAAUCUCGCCACCACCGCCGCCGCCAUGGGUCGCAUGCACAGCCGCGGCAAGGGUAUUUCUGCCUCAGCUCUACCUUAUAAGAGAACUCCACCAAGCUGGCUCAAGAUCUCUUCUCAAGAUGUCGAGGAGAACAUUUGCAAAUUUGCAAAAAAGGGCUUGACCCCAUCUCAGAUCGGUGUCAUUCUUCGUGACUCUCAUGGCAUUGCUCAGGUUAAGAGCGUUACUGGAAGCAAAAUCUUGCGUAUCCUCAAGGCUCACGGUCUUGCCCCUGAAAUUCCCGAGGAUUUAUACCACCUUAUUAAGAAAGCUGUUGCGAUCCGCAAGCAUUUGGAGAGAAACAGGAAGGAUAAGGAUUCCAAGUUUAGGUUGAUUCUUGUCGAGAGCAGGAUUCACAGGCUUGCUCGUUACUACAAGAAAACAAAGAAGCUUCCACCUGUCUGGAAAUAUGAGUCUACGACUGCCAGCACCCUCGUUGCUUAGAUUUUGCAUGUGGAUAGUGCAGUUCGGGGUAACUUGGUGGUUCAAUCCAGAUGCUCCGAGCGAGUUAGAUUGUGUUUCUUUUUCUGUUCUGUUGAGAUGUCCUGUUGCAAGACUUCAUUAAUGGAUGUUUAAGAAUUUUGUUGUCUGAAAAGAGAGUUUAGAGCUCAUUUUUCUUUUGAUUUUACUUGAUUUUUGUUGGCACCAAAAUGUAUCACCUCUUUCUCAUUGGACUUUAAUUUAAUCAUUUUGUCUUUGAA